GGCAGUGCGGCAGCUGAUGAGGCCGGUGAUGCUUCUGUGAUGUACGAGUCCCCUAGAAUGGCCGCUGCACUCCUCGACGACAUCCGACGGGGGCAAAUGAAUACUUCAUCUCACGGCAGCGUGGGAGUGGCGGAGGGGAGUGUGUUGAGGGAGGACGGCCCGCCCCAGCUGUCCGUCAUGCAAGUGCUGGAGGGCGGACACGUCACAUGUAAGUGAGGUCAUGCACACAAUAAAUAGCUCUUGUAUGUAUCGUCUUGUUGCCCUUUGGUGUCAGGUCAGCGUAUGUUUGUCGAGAUCCUGCCUGGCGGGUGCUGGGGGGACUUUGCACACGACAUUCAACACCUACUCUGCAAAGACGACACGGUGGGCUGGUCACAAGCUGACAUAUAUGACAGAGCAGUGUGUGUGUACGUCUGCAUUUGAUGCUUCUUGUGGCUGCCUUCUAGACCGGCGCGACUCCGCUGCAUGUGGCUGCGUACCACCCGUCAUGUUGGCGGCGCCUCUUCUAUGCCUACCGCAACAGCAAUCUGCUCGGCGACGCCCUGCUUGAAAAAGAAAAGGUGGGCGGGCAGGGAAGGGAAGGCCAUUCAUAUCAUAUCGAUCCAAUCGAGGCUGCUGUUCGUGUGGCAUUUUGUCACAUUACCAAGAAUGGGAUGACGCCCCUGCAUUGGGCUGUGUCUGUCGGGGCGGUGGAGUUGAGUGCCCUGCUGGUCCGUGAGGGAACCGCUGCUCUGGGAUCCAGUGCAGCGGGGGACAUCCGGACGGCCAAAGACAAGGUAAACAAGCUCUCAUAUCGUCGGCCGCCUGCUUGACGGUUGUGUGGCGUGUGUGUGUGUGUGUGUCCUAGUAUGGUCGCACCCCCCUUCACUGUCACAACGGUAUCUUCCCCUCCCGCACGCAACAGCGACCAACCGUCAAACGGCCAGUCAUUGCCCCAGACGGAUGCGCAGUAUGCACAAGAACAUGUAUCCUACAUUUGUGCACUUAUUUAUUUGGUACUGCACACAGCUGAGUGUCCGAGUGUUUGUCGACCUUGUUGCCACGCUCCGUGCCGUCAAGCUGAUCAAACAGCCAGAUAAUGUCAGCAACCGACACAUACACACGGACGGGGCUACGAUUGUGUGUGCUGCAUGCAUCAGGCGGGGCUUACUUCAACAGACACAAUGAUGCGUCUCAUCCAGGUACAGACAAAGGAAAGAUCAAUUAACCAUCCUUGGGCCAUGCAUAUCUCUCCCUUCUAUCUCUGCAUGUCAGCGAGAGGUCCGCGUCAGCCGCGCUAUCCAGUCGUACGCUGAUUUGCUGGCCACCAUAGCCACCAUGAAGGUAGGCAGGCGCCCUUUUCUCGACUGACCGGUGAGUGGCUGGGCUGCCUCACACGCCUACUUGCUUUCAUGCAGCACGAGUGGCGUUUGAUGGGCCGCGCCCUAUUCCGUGCCGCCCGGUGGCGCGAAAACCCGUAUUCUAUCCUCAUGACACACGACCCGCUGACCGACGCUGACACCGAGUACAUGAAAGUCUGCAAAGGCCCGCCUCCAGUGCGCCUGCCGCCGCCCAGAGACACAAGCGCGGCGACACCGCCACGCCGUGGAGCGCAAGUGGAGGUGAAUACCACAGCCGGCCGCCAACAGGGGCCAGAUGGGCGGGAGGGGAAAGGCGGCGCCGCAGGUGAGGACGAGACAGAGGACCACAACACGACUGUGUCUGAGUACGGCAACUCGAGUGAGGAGAGUGAAGUCGAGGAGGAGAGAGAUGAAGGCGAUUACUUGAAGGAAGAGAGUAAAAGUGAGGAAGAACCACCACAACCGAAGGGGGAUGUGGCCGAGUCGGAGAGCGAGAGUGAGACGCCCUCUGAUGAGGAAUCAGGCGAAGAGAGCAGUCAGCAUGAAAAUAUUCGCCACUGGCCCGACGCUGACUCACCAGACAGCGGUGAGUCGGAGACGGAGACCUCUGGAUCAGAAGAAGAGUACAGCUUCUCACAGCUGGGUGCUUCGGCUAUCGUCAAUGGCAGCCCCAAGGUCGUUUCUGAGGCAAACACACACCGCUGUCAGCGCCUCAUUUUCUGUGUGUGUCUCUCUCGUUCAGACAAACACGACCAGAGGCGACGCUGUCAACUCGACGCACAUCGACUACGUGUCGGGAGGCUUCGGCAAGGAGGACCUGGAGGCAGACGCCACACUCAAGCAAACGUCAUCGGGCCAAGACACGGGAAUGCCCAUCGAUGACACCGGUACAUAGGACACACGACCCAGACCUUGUGAUUGAUGAUGUGCCUUUUGUAGAUGUGCUGACUCCCCGUGGCGGCGGCUGCUCACUCGAGCACGCCAGUGGACCCCUCCCAUGUGCUGGAAAAUGGUAAGCAGCAUUCACGUGUGCUUCCUUGGUGUAUGGCUUGUCGGUCUAUGAGCCGUGUAUGCAAAUACAGUGUGCUGGACGCCUUUGAGGCGGACAACGGUCACUGCGAGUGCAUUCAGCAGGGAGAGCAGCCUGUCUGGAGGGAGACCACCAGCCUGCUCUGCCAUCCAUGUAAACAAUGGACAUAUCCCCUCUCUCUGCUUUCUUGGCCAGACGCGUGUGUGUCUGUUGCUCGUGGCUGCAGGUGUGCAGCUCUACGAGUCCAUCACCACCAACAACAGAGCAAAUGUCGAGGCCCUUUUGAAGAACAGCAGCAUCUUCGCCAAUGCGCACGACUGUGCUGACCCACUGGUCAGCCGCACAUACAAAACGCGACGGAGACAUUCACGACCAGCAUCCAUGGAUCAUCGGUCGACGUUUUGCAGCGCGGCGAAUCUCCACUUCGUUGGGCUGUGGUCACGGGGGCGUCAUCGGAUAUCAUGCGUGCGCUGGCAGCAAAGUGGCCAUCGCACCUCAAGAUGCAGCUCAGAACACACACACCGAGACAUGACGCCUCAGCAUCAGCGGGAAGGUCAGGGAAGCUGGAUAGGUGCAGGCAGCGACGACAUCAGCACAUGGCGCUUGAUGUAUGCCUGUAGCUGGACCAGAGGGCGUCUGCACUCGCACUUCUACGGAGACACGCCCCUUCACAUCGUAAGUGCCGAGACGACGCCAGAUGGCUCACCUUUCGGCCUUCAUCUUCUCAUUCAUUCAUUCAUUCAUUCAUUUUGUUCACAGGCCGUGUACAUGAGGAAGGCUCUGUAA